AUGCAAAAAGAAAAAGUAAACCUGCAGAAUGAGCUGACCAACUUUGAAGAGCGUAUGGAAGCAAUGACAUCUCAUUUGAAAAACGUAAGACAAGAGUUCAGCUUCACACAGUCUCUUUACAAAGCCAGAGAGAAUGAAAUUGAAACUGAACAACACUUUAAAGCCCUUGCUGAGAGAGAACGUGGACGUCUCAAAAGUGAAAUUAAACGACUGGAAGAUGAGAUAGUUUCCUUAAGAGAAAAGAAAAACAGUCAAGAAAAUACUAUAAAUAAAACCACCAAGAAGUUGGAAAACUUAAAACAACAGAUGAACUGUGAUGAGGAAGUUCUGGAGAGCUGGAUAAAGGAAUCAAAUCGUAAAGAUAAUGAUGCUAUCACAAUCCAGAAGUAUUCACAACAAGAUGAAGGGAAACUAGGAGCAUUAACCCUUCAAGUAGAAAAGUUGACCAUGCAAGCAAAUCAGAAGCGCAGAGCUCUUGAUAAUGAGCUUACAGAAACCUUAACAGCUCAGAUAGAACUUGACAAGACAGCUGAAGAUUUUCGCAGAGUUCAUCAGGAAAGGCAAGAAGUCAUCAGGCAGUGGGAGAAUGCAAUACAACAGAUGCAGAAAAGAGAUCAACAGAUUGAUCACUGUGCUUUGCUAAUAGCAGAGAUAAAACAGGAGAUCAGAAAGAAAGAAAUUUUGCUGAAAGAGAAGACUUCCUUUUUGGUAAAUGAAACUCUCAAUAAUGUGGAAUAUGAAAAGAAAAUUUCUUCGGCUGAACGGGAAGCUACCAGCCUCCGAAAUGAGUAUCAAACUCAGGAAACUUACAGAAUUCAGCUGCAGGAUGAGCUGGAUGCUUUGAAAUUGACUGUGGACAGGACUUCUUCUGAUCUAGAGUCUUUGAGAACACAAGUAACCAAUCUGAGGAAAGAAAUCCAGAAAAAACAAGCCAGAUUAAGCUUUCUUAAAGAAAAAAAUGAAAGUCUUUCCAAGAAGCUGAAGCUUGUGACUGAGGAGACACUCAGUUCAGAAGACAAAGCUUUGAGGAUGGAAGAAAUACUAAAGGAGGAAGAAAGAACCGUCAAGGAAAAAGAAACAGAAAUGAACCAGUUAAAAGAACUACUUUUCAAGAAGACUCAAGAUUUAAAGGUGCAGAAGGAUAAGGAGAAGUGUGUUCUAGCAGAAAUUGAGGGAAGUAGAGCAUCACUUAAAAAUCUUAAGAGUAAACUGCACAGACUUGAUGCAGAUGCAUUAAAACAACAAGAAUUAAUGUAUAACCAGGAUUUUUAUAUUCAGCAAGUACAGAGACGGCUGUCACGGUUAGAAGGGGAGGUUAAUGCAGAUGAAAAACAAGUUUUGGAAGCAAAAAUUGCUGAACUUAAGAAAACCUUAGAAGAAAAGAAAAAUGUAUAUGAUAUUUUACAGGCACAGCACAAGAAACUUCAGAAUGAUGUCAGUUUCAUCAAGAGAGUGAUGGAAAAGACACAAGAAGAAACAAGUGGCAUGAUGAUCAAGAUAAAUGAACUGAAUCUUUUCAAUGAGAGAUCAGAUCAAGAGUUAAAAAAAGCUAAAGCCAUUAAGCAGGAGAUGAUGGUUGAAGAUAAUCUUUUAAAACUAGAAUUGAACCGUCUUCGAGAUACUCUGUGUAAUAAGACAGAGAAAGUCCUAACACUGGAAAAACAAAAACUGGAGUUAAAGAAAGCCAUAGCAGAAAGGACUGAGGAAAUCAGGAUUCAUAAGGCAGUGCUGGAUUCCCAGAUAAGACUUGUGGAUCAGGAACGGCAACGCUUAAGCGCUGAAUUUCAAGAUCGUUUAAAGAAAAUUGAUAAACUGAGAUGCAGAUAUGAAAUUCUUACUGUUGUCAUGAUGCCACCCGAAGGAGAAGAGGAGAAAACUCAUACCUACUAUGUAAUUAAGGCUGCACAGGAAAAGGAAGAACUUCAACGUGAAGGUGAUGAUUUAGAUGCAAAGAUCUGCAAAGCUGAAAAAGAAAUUGUAGCUCUGGAAAACACUUUGAGUGUAAUUAAUAACUGCAACAGCAAUUACCGAAACUCCUUCAAGGAAGUCACUGAAACAAGUGAGGAGUAUGAGGAAAAAUUGAAACUAGAGGAGGAGCAAAGGGCUGCUGAUGAAAAAUACAGAUACAAACGCAGGCAGAUCAAGGAACUUCAGGAAAGCAUCCAGAGCAUGGAAACAAGUUUUGAUAUAGUACUGAAGCAGGAGGCUCUCUUCCAAGAGCAAAAGAAGGAAAAACAAGCUCUUAUUUUGCAGCUGAACAAAGACAUUGAAGAACAGAAGCCAAAACUAGAAAGGGUUAUAAAACAGUGUUCCAGACUAUCCAGAGAAAUUCAGUCUUUGAAGAAAACUAAAACAGAAACACAGGAAGAAAGAGACAUUAAUCUUCGUGAUUUGAAAAACUUCAGCAGAACGAUUGACAAAUUGUUAGCUGAUGUUCUAGAAGCGAAUCCUGAUUUAACUCCAGCCUUUCAAAUGUACUUUCACCAGUCCAACUUAGAGCUUCCUACAAUUGCUUCUGCUGGUGGUAGUCAAAGUUCUCAAACACCAUCCACACAAAGCUCACGAGCCUCUACCAGAUCCUCCAGAAGCACAAGUUCAGGCUCUAGUCAGACUUCAUCAGUCAAAGUCAUAGAUCUGAGCUUGCUUAUCAACACUUCUGCAGAAGCAGCUGCUGUUGGUUCACAGCCACCCAGCUGA